CCCGGAUCCAGGAGCUGCCCUGACGUCAGAGACGAGCCUCCCUGGGCAGCCCAGGACAGGGCCGUCCUCCUCCACGGUACUUAAAGCCAGGAGGCUCUGCCUCCAAACACGGCCUUCCCACUGGGAACACCCACUCGCCGGCAGGAAGAACGGGAAAGCACCCUCGGAUCUCUCAAGAUCAUCCAAACGGGAGAAAUCAGGUGACCUCGGCAUUGGUAGCCUUUAAUACACGUCUGCAGAGAUGCCUCCUCAGCUGCACAAUGGCCAGGACUUCUCCGCCAAAGUCGUGCAAGGCAGCCUGGACAGCCUGCCCCAGGCAGUGAGGGAGUUUGUGGAGAGCAGUGUGCAGCUGUGCCAGCCGGAUCACAUCCAUAUCUGCGAUGGCUCGGAGGAGGAGAAUGGGCAGCUGCUGGCCCGCAUGCAGGAAGACGGCGUCAUCAGGAAGCUGAAGAAGUAUGACAAUUGUUGGUUGGCACUCACUGACCCCAGGGACGUGGCCAGGAUAGAAAGCAAGACCGUGAUCAUCACCCAAGAGCAGAGAGACACAGUGCCCAUCCCCCGGACCGGCCUCAGCCAGCUGGGUCGCUGGAUGUCAGAAGAGGACUUCGAGAAAGCGUUCAAUGCCAGGUUCCCAGGGUGCAUGAAAGGUCGCACCAUGUAUGUCAUCCCAUUCAGCAUGGGGCCCCUGGGCUCGCCACUGUCCAAGCUCGGCAUCGAGCUCACCGACUCGCCCUACGUGGUGGCCAGCAUGCGGAUCAUGACCCGAAUGGGCACAGCCGUCCUGCAGGCCCUUGGGGACGGCGAGUUCAUCAAGUGUCUGCAUUCCGUGGGCUGCCCUUUGCCUUUAAAAAAGCCUCUGGUCAACAGCUGGGCCUGCAACCCAGACCUGAUGCUCAUCGCCCACCUGCCCGACCGCAGGGAAAUUGUCUCCUUCGGAAGUGGCUAUGGCGGGAACUCGCUGCUUGGGAAGAAGUGCUUUGCACUCAGGAUAGCCAGCCGGCUGGCCAAGGAGGAGGGGUGGCUGGCGGAGCACAUGCUGAUUCUGGGUAUCACCAACCCCAUGGGAGAGAAGAAGUACCUGGCAGCAGCUUUCCCCAGCGCCUGCGGGAAGACCAACCUAGCCAUGAUGAACCCCACGCUCCCGGGGUGGAAAAUUGAGUGUGUAGGUGACGACAUUGCCUGGAUGAAAUUUGAUGCCCAAGGUAACUUAAGGGCCAUCAACCCAGAAAACGGUUUUUUUGGUGUGGCUCCUGGCACCUCAGUGAAGACGAACCCCAAUGCCAUCAAGACUAUCCGGAAGAACACCAUCUUCACCAACGUGGCCGAGACCAGCGAGGGCGGCAUUUACUGGGAAGGCAUCGAUGAGCCGCUGGCCCCAGGCAUCACAAUCACUUCCUGGAAGAACAAAGAAUGGAGCCCAAUGGAUGGGGAACCUUGUGCCCACCCCAACUCGCGAUUCUGUACCCCUGCGAGCCAGUGCCCCAUCAUUGAUCCUGCCUGGGAGUCUCCGGAAGGCGUGCCCAUCCAGGGCAUCAUCUUUGGAGGCCGCAGACCUGCUGGUGUCCCUCUUGUCUAUGAAGCUCUCAGCUGGCAGCAUGGUGUGUUUGUGGGGGCAGCCAUGAGAUCGGAGGCCACUGCAGCUGCAGAGCACAAAGGCAAAGUCAUCAUGCAUGACCCUUUUGCUAUGCGGCCCUUCUUUGGCUACAACUUUGGUAGAUAUCUGGCCCACUGGCUGAGCAUGGCUCACCGCCCAGCAGCCAAGCUGCCCAGGAUCUUCCAUGUCAACUGGUUCCGUAAGGACAAGGAAGGCAAAUUCCUCUGGCCAGGCUUCGGAGAGAACUCCAGGGUGCUGGAGUGGAUGUUCAACCGGAUCAACGGGGAAGACAGCGCCCAGCUCACACCCAUUGGCUAUGUCCCCAAGAAGGAUGCCCUGAACCUGAAAGGCCUGGGGAAUGUCAACGUAGAGGAGCUCUUCAGCAUCUCCAAAGAGUUCUGGGAGAAAGAGGUAGAAGACAUUGAGAAAUAUCUGGAAGAUCAAGUCAAUGCUGACCUCCCCUAUGAAAUCGAGAGGGAGGUCCUUGCUCUGAAGCAAAGAAUCAGCCAGAUGUAGUCAAAGCCUAGGGCCUCCCCUUUAGAAACACCCUUCCCCAUCUGUGGGGUGUACUCAGAGUGAGAGAAAUCGAGUCUUCCCGAAUCCACACCAGCUGCAGCACAAUGACCACACCGUUGAGCAGAUCAGAGAGGUGCACUUAAUCCAUCAGAUGAGAACCACAGACAAUGAGCUAGUAACUAAUGAGAUGGGGAAGGGAAUCUUUGCAUGUCUCCAAAAUUCACAGGCAGUGCAUAUUCUGCUUAAGUUACUCAGGCAUUUAGUGUUCCAGUUUUUUCACUUUAGCUAUAUUGGUUAGCUAGAUUGCACAGAAACAAUACUUGAGCUGUGUGUCCGUGUGUGUGUGUAUGUGUCUGUCUGUAUGCAUGGUUGUCUAAAAUAUAUUUAAAACCUUUGGAAAAAUCUUGGGCAAGAUUAUUACUAGAAAGAAAUGUUGCUUUGUUACUAAAAUGUGUGUUUAAAUUAUUUUUAUAUACCAUACUUUCCUUACCUUUACAUAACUGCAAUUUGCUCCCUUUGUCACUUCUUGGGAAAAAAAAAUUACAAAAUAAACUUUUAUAGAAAAAA